GGAUAGAUUGGGUAUCGGUAUCUACAUACAAUUCCAGGAAGAAUAUAAAAUAUAACUGGCAGUUUAAAUAGUGAGUGGUUUUGCAAGUGGGGGAAUUUUAAGAAAUAAUAGCUUUACAAGUCAACAGCACAAUUGUAUAUGAUAUGGAGCACAAUAUGCAUAAAGAAAAAUUAAAUAAAACAUGAAAAGGUAUGAAAAGACACGAAAAAGAUGUGACAAAAACGACAGCAUUAUAGUCGUUAUGGCAACCUUUUAACAGCUGAUGGAGGUAAACAAACGAGCAACCCAAGCUCAGAGCUGAGACGCGGAACCAAGGAAACUAAAACAUAGACUUCCUUUAAGCUUCCUUGCGGUGAACUGUUCUGUACUGCUGCCUCAGGUCAGAGUUAUCUCAGGCAAGAAUUCCGAUCGCGAGUUUGCGAGGAUGUUUGUUAAAGGCAGUCACACAGCUUGGAGUACAUAAGGGAUAGCAGAGACCACGCCAUGGCCCUUCAAACACCAGACAUCCCCGUGAAGAAGCUUCCCCACCACGAGCAACUAGAGUUGUGCGUCACCCGAGCCCGGUACAGGCAGGGGCGGAAGCUGACUGCUGUGCGCGUCUACACUGUCAACGAUGAGUCUAAGUACCUUAUCGUCAACGGUGUCCCGGCCAUCAAAAUCUGCCAGGAGAUAGAAAUGUUGUGCCAGCGUUACGGUGAUCUCGAGUACAUACACUUGCUGCCAGAGUACCCCCAUGAGGACUACGUGGAAGUUUAUUUAAUCAAGUACAGAUGGCUAAAAAACGCCAGAUUCGCAAAAAGACAGCUGGAUGGGAAGUCUUUCUACGGCCAAGUCCUCCAUGUGUGCUAUGCCCCUGAACUGGAGACUGUGGAGGAGACGAGAGAGAAGCUGCAGGAGAGGCGGAAGAGUGUAGCAGCUCUCACAAGGCACCAGCAAGAUCCUGUUGCUGUGAGCCACGUCCGGAAGAGAAGACUGAUGCCACCCACAGCCAUGCGAUACAUGAACCAACUCAGGCCAGACCUUAGGCAGGAAAACAUGGACAGACUCCAUCCUCGAGUGGAGGAUUCCCACCUGACCAACAGUGGGGAAUGUUCUGAGGGAAAGGGUGACAGUGGUGCAGCCUCAGGGGACAAAUCACACACUAGUCAGGUUUGCUCAGAGAAUCUUUCAGAUGAAACUGCUACUGCCACAUCUGUGAGUAAUGCAAAUCUGAACAAUGGUAGUGAAAAGAGAACUUCCGAACCAUGCAAUGUAAGCCAAGAUGUGUGUGGGAAUAUUGAUAGGAGAGACAAAAGAUCUAUUGAAACAUGUAUGACAACUAAGAAAAAAAUUAAGCUUUUUGGAAACAAAAACUUACUGUCAUAUAAGCAAGAAUAAUGUACAGUGUGUAUUAUCUUAUGAAUGUAAAAAAAAUAAGUAAAAUUUUUAAUUUAAUAUUAUUCUAAUUUGAAAAAGUUGUUAUUCCAGCA